UCUCUUCCCCUCCACUCGUCUCCACAUUUUCAAAGAAGCGCAGGAAAAAGAAAGAUUUGGCAAAACCAAUUUCCGGUGGAUCAAACGAUCGAUAAUGGCGAGAGCAAUUAGGAACAAAUCCGGUCUCUCCCGACUGAACAACCUGUUUCUGAAAUCGACUGCUCCGGCUCCGGCUUCCCGCCUUAACUCGGCGACGAGGUCUCUGGAGACCCUAGCUUUCGAAGAGGUCCGAUCAUCCACGGAGAGACCCUACGCUUCCACGGCUUUUGUUCUUCACGGCCUCCUGGGAUCUGGCCGAAACUGGCGAUCCUUUGCUCGUACCCUUGCCUCCUCUCUCUCCAACUCCUCUCCUUCCUCUGAUUGGAGGAUGCUUCUUGUGGAUUUGAGGCAUCACGGAAAAUCAGCUGAGAUAGAGAGUUUAUCCCCACCUCAUAACAUGGCUAAUGCUGCCAAAGAUCUGGCUGAUUUGGUAAAGUCUCAAGGUUGGGCUUGGCCCAACGUUGUCCUAGGUCACUCCUUGGGUGGCAAGGUUGCCUUGCAGUUUGCCGAGAGUUGUGCACGAGGUGAUUAUGGUGAAUCUGCUCAAUUGCCCAAACAGCUGUGGGUACUGGACUCAGUCCCUGGAAAAGUGAGCCCUGAAAACAGUGAUGGAGAAGUUGAGAAAGUUUUGGAGACCUUGCAGAGUCUACCUGCAUCAAUCCCUUCGAGGAAGUGGCUAGUAGACCACAUGAGGGAGCUUGGAUUCUCUAGGUCCUUGUCAGAAUGGAUAGGCAGCAAUCUUAGAAACUCAGGAGAAGGAGAGCGAGAGACAUGGGGCUUUAAUCUUGAAGGUGCUAUUCAGAUGUUCAACUCUUACCGGGAGACGGAUUAUUGGCAUUUGCUCGAACACCCACCUAAAGGGAUGGAGAUCAGAAUCGUGCGCGCUGAGAAGAGCGACAGGUGGGAUUUGGAUGUGGUUCAGAGGCUUGAAAGCCUUGCCCGUCGGCAUGUUGAUGACUCUGAGGGGAAGUUCUCACUGCACGUUCUUCCCAACGCUGGUCAUUGGGUUCAUGUCGAUAACCCGAAAGGUCUUCUGGAUAUUGUGGCUCCAAAAAUUGCUUCCCUUGCUUGAUUAAGUUCUGUUCUGGUUUCAAGAUAUUGAUGAUCUUCCCCACCCCGUAUUUGCUGCAAGGUUCCAAGGUACUUUCAAAGCCCCCAUUAUCAAUUUUUGUCCAAUUAUUUCCAGAAAAGAAUCUAGACAGGAGAUAUUCUGAUUGUGAUCAGGAUGAGCAUAUUUUUGUGAACCUUGAAUGUUUACCAGUGAAUUCAUGUUUUUUCUAUUCCUCCUUUCUACGGCUGGAGAUGGUGCUUCUGUUUACUUCAUUUCCAUCAAUCAUCUGCACCUCCUGUUUCCAAUCCUAAGUUUACUCUUUUGUUAAUGGAAAAUCAUAUAUUUAAAUUGUUAAACAA